AUGAAGCGGCCAUUUGUAGUAUGCUACAUUUGCGGGCGCGAAUUCGGAUCAGCUUCUAUUGGAAUUCAUGAGCCCCAGUGUCUCAAGAAAUGGCACCAACAAAAUGAUCUUCUACCAAAAGAACAACGAUUACAACCUCCCGUCAAGCCUGGUGUUCCCCUGCCUCCUCCAGUCGAUGCCUCAGUCAAUCGUACAGAGCACACGCAAGCCUUAAGUAAAUUUAAUGAAGCUGCAGCAUUGGCUGCAAGCGCAAAUUUGGCUCCCUGUCCUAAAUGUGGUCGCACUUUCAACCCGGAUCGUUUGGAAAUACACCAGCGUGUUUGCAAACCCAACAAUCAGAGACCGAUCAACCAUAAUUCUUGUCAUUUAAGUGAUAACUGGGUAAAACCUAUUAUGGUGGGCAUAAAUGGAAACAACAACCAACAAAAUACUAAAGUAGAUAGGGUGAACGAUACAGCGGUUACAUCCUAUUCUGCACUGAGAGGAGGUGAUGGAGAAGAACACCUAGGAUUAACAAAGCGUGCCAGUGCGGAAGAUUUGACACAACUUGGUGCAUCCCGAAAAACAGCAAGUGACACUGAAUGGGCUCCAGAUAAUAUCGAUUUCUCAAGCAAAGCAAAAAGUAAAACAAUCAACUUGAGUCAUCCCACAUCUGUGUCUCACUUCCGACUUUCAAAAUAA